AUGCGCCACAGGGAUCUGCUCUUGGCUUUGUCCAGUCCUAGUUUGUGUUUUCCAGGUACUGUCCUUGCCCGCUGCCUGGUGUUUCCUCUCAUCGUGAAGGGCCAGCGAGAAGCAGCCAAGAUCCACAACCACUUGCCAGAGAUCCAGAAGUUUUCCACUCGAAUCAGAGAGGCCAAGUUGGCAGGAGACGAUGCUGAGUUUUACAAGGCCUCCUCGGAAAUGACAUUUUACCAGAAAAAGCAUGAUGUUAAACUCUUUAGACCUCUUAUUCUACCUCUGACUCAGGCCCCGAUCUUCAUCUCCUUCUUCAUUGCCUUGAGAGAAAUGGCCAACCUUCCUGUGCCCAGCCUGCAGACAGGUGGCCUCCUGUGGUUCCAGGAUCUCACACUAUCUGACCCCACCUACAUAUUACCACUGGUGGUCACUGCUACAAUGUGGGGUGUCCUUGAGUUAGGUGCGGAGACUGGCGUGCAAAGUUCUGAUCUUCAGUGGAUGAGAAAUGUGAUCAGAGUGAUGCCCCUAGCGGUGUUGCCCAUAACUAUCCAUUUCCCCACGGCGGUGUUCAUGUACUGGCUCUCCUCCAAUAUGUUUUCCCUGGUCCAGGUGGCUGGCCUCCGGAUUCCAGCCGUACGGACUAUACUGAAAAUCCCCCAGCGUGUCGUGCAUGACUCCAAUAAAUUACUUCCACGGGAAGGUUUUGUAAAAAGCUUCAAAAGAGGAUGGAAGAAUGCUGAACUGGCGCAUCAGCUCAAAGAGCGUGAACGACGCAUGCAGAAUCACUUAGAACUAGCUGCCAGGGGUCCCUUACGACAGACCUUUACCCACAACCCAUUGCUACAGCAUGGAAAGAAUCAGCCUAACAGCAGCAGUGCCAAGCCAAAGCAGCCCUGGCGUGACACGCUGGGCUGAAUUCCAUUCCUGUUCAGACUGGUAGGAGCUCUCUCUUCAAAGACUCGGCGUCAGAACGGAUUUGACACGGAGUCCUUGCCCCAGCUCUAGAAACCGUGGGGUGUCAAGAUCUUCCUUUUAAAAGUGGAUUCCAUUACAGACCCUCACACCUAAGUGUAAAAGAGCCAAGUGAUCUUGCCAGCCACAGAAUCAGUAAACCUCUAAACUACA